AUGGACGGCCAAACCAGCCCUCGUCCCUCAAAGCGCCAACGCCUGCAGCAGCACGCCGACGCAGCCUCACUGGCCCCAACAGACACAUCCUUCUCGGGCGAGCAACCACCGCCACCGCCUCCGCCUCCGUUGCCCUCCAACGAUCUCUUCGUGCCCCCGCCUCCAGAAGAUCAACACGCUCCUCAGCCCCCUCCGCCGCACGACCCAGACCUCUCAGCUGCAGCCCGGAUCCCCUCGCCAUCAACCGCUCCACCACUGCCGCCGCCGCCACCCCCACCCGAGGAUGGUGACAACGACGACGACGACGAUGAGGAACACGGCGGCGCAGAGUACUGGUCCCGGCUCGCCGCACAGGAAGAGGAAAAGAAGCGCAGCCGUGCAGACAACGCCAGCGACCUCUACCUCGACACCAUCGACCGCUCGCUCCUCGACUUCGACUUUGAAAAGCUCUGCUCCGUAUCGCUCUCCAACAUCAACGUCUACGCCUGCCUCGUCUGCGGCAAGUACUUCCAGGGACGCGGCAAGUCGAGCUACGCCUACCUCCACAGCAUCGACGAGGCCCACCGCGUCUUUAUGAACCUCUCCUCGGCCGAGGUCUACGUGCUCCCCGACAACUACAGCGUCACCUCGCCCGCCCUCUCCGACAUCCAGUUCCUCCUCAACCCCACCUUUACCCCGCAGCAGGUCGCCCAGCUCGACGCACCCGACGCCCGCCCCUCGCUCGACCUCGAGGCAAAGCCCUACCUGCCCGGCUUCGUCGGCCUCAACAACAUCCACAAAAACGACCACAUGAACGUCGUCAUCCAGGCCCUCGCCCACGUCAAGCCGUUGCGCGACUUUUUCAUCCGCGGAGGUCCCAGGCUGCCCGGCCAGAGCCACCUGCGCGGCAAUGCCCUGGCGACAACAUCGGGCGGCCCCGUCCCCUCGGUGUGCCUUGGCAGGUCGUCACGGUGGCCGACGGCCUCGGGCUCGCUGGCGUCGAGCACCGAGCUGGUGCGGCGCUUUGGCGCCCUCGUGCGCAAGCUGUGGAAUCCGCGCGCCUUCAAGGGCCAGGUCUCGCCGCACGAGUUCCUGCAGGAGGUGGCCAACGCCUCCGAGGGGCGCUUCAAGCUGACCCAGCAGGCCGACCCGGUCGAGUUUCUCGGGUGGCUCCUCAACCGCCUCCACGCCGACCUGACGGGGGGCAAGCGCAAGCGCGACAGCAUCGUGUCGCGCUGCUUCCAGGGAGAGGUGCGCAUCGAGAGCCAAAAGGUGAUUGUGCGGACGGGCAUCGAGGAGGAGCUGCUGCACGGCACCGAGGACCUGGGCCGGGACGGCAUCGACAAGCUCGACCAUGACGGGCGCAAGGAGGGCGGCCAGGAGGACGAGCACGGCAACGCCAAGUUCAACAUUGAAAAAGAGGUGCAGACGACGCGCUCGCCCUUUUUCCUGCUCGCCGUCGACCUGCCGGCGCCGCCCGUGUUCCAGGAUGCCGUCGAGAAAAACAUUAUCCCGCAGGUCUCGAUCGCCUCGGUGCUCGCAAAGUACAACGGCAUCUCGUUCCAAGAGGCCAACGCCACCAUCCGCCGCUUCAAGGUCGUCAAGCUGCCGCCGUUUGUCAUCCUCCACUUUCGCCGCUUCACAAAGAACCGCUUUGUCGAGGAGCGCAACCCGACGAUUGUCAACUUCCCCAUCAAGGACCUGGACCUGUCGGAAUACGUCGAAUCGGCCGAACCGGGUCUGUCUACGCAGUACGACCUGGUGUGCAACAUCACCCACGAAGCGACGGCGGGCACGGUGCGCGACAAUAGCGUAUGGCGAUCGCAGGUGCACACGCGCACCGACGGACAACCCAUCGACCCCUCGUCCUCCUCCUCCUCCUCCUCGGGAGGGAGCGGUUCGGGUGCGCGUGCAGAGGAGAAAUGGUUCCAGAUCCAAGACCUCAUCGUCGAGGAACUCAACAAGCAGAUGAUCUUUCUCGGCGAGACCUACAUCCAGAUCUGGGAACGGAAAAACGCCUCGGCGCAAGUCGAUGCCGCCAUGACUCAGGCGGCCGUCUCGGCCUCUUCGAAGCAGCAACGACGGCCAGCUCCCGCUUCGUCGUCGUCAUCCAAGUCGGCCGUGGGCACGGCGUCCAAGUCAAGCUAG